GGCAGUGGUCAGAAUAGGUGGAUAGUCUCGGAGGAAGGAGCCCCUGGGAGCCGGGCCCCCCACAUGCCAUGGCGAGCGUGGUGGUGAAGACAAUCUGGCAGUCCAAAGAGAUCCAUGAGGCCGGGGACCCCCCUGCGGGGGUCGAGAGCCGCUCCCAGCUGGUCCCCGAGACUCCUGGGGGGGUGACCAGCCCAGUCAAGGGGAUCGCGAAGAAAAAGAAGGCUGUGUCGUUCCACGGGGUUGAGCCUCGCAUGUCCCAUGAGCCGAUGCACUGGUGCCUGAACCUCAAACGGUCCUCGGCCUGCACCAAUGUGUCCCUGCUCAACCUGGCGGCCAUGGAGCCCACCGACUCCUCGGGGACAGACUCAACCACGGAAGACAGCAGCUCACUGGCACUGCCCAUGCCCCCUGCCUCCCCAACCCCACCCUGGGCACCAGAUGACCCAGACGUCACAGAAAUACUGAGUGGGGUCAACAGUGGAUUGGUGCGUGCCAAAGAUUCCAUCACCAGCUUGAAGGAGAAGACCACCCGGGUUAACCAGCACAUGCAGACGCUGCAGAGUGAGUGUUCUGUGCUGAGUGAGAAUUUAGAGAGAAGGCGGCAAGAGGCGGAAGAACUAGAAGGGUACUGUAGUCAACUCAAGGAGAACUGCCGGAAGGUGACCCGGUCGGUGGAAGACGCUGAAAUAAAAACCAACGUCCUGAAGCAGAACUCUGCCCUGCUGGAGGAGAAGCUGCGCUACCUCCAGCAACAACUGCAGGAUGAGACUCCAAGGAGGCAGGAGGCCGAGCUGCAGGAGUUGGAGCAGAAGCUGGAGGCUGGCCUCUCCAGGCACGGCCUGGGCCCCGCCACCCAGCCCCCAGGCUGCUCCGGUCCGUCAGGGAGCCCUGACGAACCCCCGCGACCACGAGGCCUGGCCCCAGGCGGCUGGGGAAUGGGGCCCCGGGCAGGGGAGGGCCCCAUCGUGAGCGAGCAGGAGUUGCAGAAGGUCUCUGCCGGCCUGGAGGAGCUGAGGAGGGAGGUGUCUUCGCUGACCGCCCGGUGGCAUCAGGAGGAGGGAGCCGUGCAGGAGGCCCUACGGCUGCUCGGGGGUCUGGGUGGCAGGCUCGAUGGCUUUCUGGGCCAGUGGGAGCGGGCGCAGCGCGAGCAGGCGCAGACCGCGCGGGGCCUGCAGGAGCUGCGGGGCCGGGCGGACGAGCUGUGCACCAUGGUGGAGCGGUCUGCAGUGUCUGUGGCUUCACUGAGGAGCGAACUGGAGGGGCUGGGCCCAGUGAAACCAAUUCUGGAGGAGCUUGGACGGCAAUUUCAGAGCUCUCGGAGAGUGUCUGACCUCUCUAUGAACCUGGAUCGGGGAGCCCAAGGCUCCUUUACCCGCUGUGCCAGCCAGGGGCAGCAGUUGUCCACGGAGUCCUUGCAGCAGCUGCUGGAACGAGCGCUGACCCCGCUAGUGGAUGAGGUGAAGCAGAGAGGCCUGGCUCCUGCCUGCCCCAGCUGCCAGAGGCUACACAAGAAGAUUCUGGUACCAAGGACCAUGGGCCACCAUGGUCCAGUUUGUGAUCAGGGCAGGGGGAGGGGAGCCCCAGGCACAAGGAUACUGCUGGAGCUGGAGCGCCAGGCCUUGGCCAAACACGUCAGGGCAGAGGCCCUGAGCUCCACCCUUCGGCUGGCCCAAGACGAAGCCUUGCGGGCCAAGAACCUACUGCUGACGGACAAGAUGAAGCCGGAGUGAGGAAGGAGGCUGAGGGCAUGGGAGGAGGGGAGAAGGUGGCCGCUCUGGACUAUCUACACUUGAAAAUGUGCUCCCUUCAUGAUCAGCUCAGCAACCUGCCGCUUGAGGGGUCCACGGGGACAAUGGGGGGAGGAAGUGGUGGGGGAACUCCCCCAAAACGUGGGGGCCCAACCCCUGAGCAAUAAAUGGCCCCUCAUGCUGGCAUGAA